AUGGCACCAGCUGUUUUGUCUACUUUAAACGAACCAUCGUUACAUGGACAAUGCGGCGCCGUUUUUAUGAGAAAAUUUACAAAACAACCCCUCCCCGACAACAUCAAUAACAACCCUAACCCUAAUUUCGAUUCGAACAAACAGUUCAACGAUUCGUUAAAUUACAGACACUACGCUACUUUCAACAUCUCCACCUACACCCCGAGCCAGCUCAAGGAGCUUAAGAAGCGAUUAACCUCAGAGCUCGAGCAGAUUCGGAUCUUUCGAGAACGGAUCGAGCAGAAACCGAAGAAACGAUGCAAUCCAUUUCCUCCAGAAGAUACCCACCCGAAACGUCUCUCGAAUCCCGAAUCCGAGAAAUCUUUAACCGUUACGUUAAACACUUGCAGCCAAAUGUUGGUGAAACUGAUGAAACACAAAUGGGCCUGGGUUUUCAACACUCCCGUCGACGUAAUGGGCCUAGGUCUUCACGAUUACAAUCUCGUCGUUAAAAAGCCCAUGGAUCUCGGCACGGUUAAAUCAAAUCUCGAAAACGGUUUUUACGACUCCCCGAUUGAUUUCGCGGAGGAUGUUAGGUUAACGUUUACCAAUGCGAUGUCGUAUAACCCGAGAGGACAAGAUGUUUACUUUAUGGCUGAGAAGCUUCUGGAACAGUUUGAUUUGAUGUUUAAUCCCGUUUUCAAGAAAUUUGAAGCUCAGCAACUGAAAUUGGAUUCAGUUAAGCCGUUACAACAACCUACAUUGUCAGUUGAGCAGUCGCCACGUGGACGAACACCAUCUCCUCUUCAGACUCAACUGGAGCCACUAGUGGGAGCAGCUCCUGAUUUGAGUAAAGGGAGGAGAGUGAAGAUGCCGAAGCCUAAAGCGAAGGAUCCUAACAAGAGGCUGAUGACAAUGGAGGAGAAGGGGAAGCUUGGUGUGAAUUUACAAGAUUUGCCACCGGAGAAGCUUGGACAGUUGGUUCAGAUUUUGAGGAAGAGAAACGGUGAUUUAGCUCAGGAUGGGGAUGAGAUAGAGUUGGAUAUUGAAGCUGUGGAUAAUGAGACUCUUUGGGAGCUUGAUCGUUUCGUGACGAAUUAUAAGAAGAUGGUUAGUAAGAUCAAGCGACAAGGGUUUAUCCAGAACGUGUCAACUCCAAACAUGGGUUUGGAGGGAGAAAUGGGUAGUGCGGAGAAGAGAACAAGGAGAGGGGAUGCAGGGGAGGAGGAUGUGGAUAUUGGUGAAGACAUGCCAAUUGAGGAUUAUCCAUCUGUAGAGAUUGAAAGAGAUGGUACUGGAGUGGCAGGUGGUGCUAGUAGCGGGUCUAGCUCUUCAGGCAGUUCUAGUUCUAGUAGCGGUUCUUCCUCUAGUGAUUCAGGGUCAGGUGGGAGUUCAUCAGGUAGUGAUUCGGAGGCAGAUAGUGUUCAAUCGCCGUUUGUGGAAGCAAAAGAAGCCCAAUGA